AUGAAAAUCCUCCGUUUCAGAGUUAUCACCACAGUUAUAGGUCUUUAUUUUACUGGAACGAUGACAAAUCCAUCAAGAAAAAGCAGCAUUUUAUUCAAUUCUGAGUGCCAAUGGAGAGAGUAUCUUCUGACAAAUUGUUCUUUUACCAGAAAGCAUGAUAUACCUGUGGACCUAUCCCAGACGGCAGCCACAGUGGAUAUAAGUCUCAGCUUCUUUAGAGUUCUCUUGCAGUCUCACACGAAGAAAGAAUGGAAAAUAAAACAUCUGGACCUCAGUAACAAUCUCAUAUCGAAAAUAACCCUAAGCCCGCUCGCAUAUUUGCGCACUUUGGAAGUGUUAAAUCUCAGCAACAAUGCCAUCCGCUCUGUCUCAUUUGAUCCGCCCGGGCCUAAGUCCUCAUGGGUGAAACACCACAGAAGCAGCUUCACAAAUGGGCUUCCGUCCCUAAAGGUGCUAAUUCUGCAAAGAAAUAAACUCAGCGACGCUCCCAAGGGACUAUGGAAACUGAAGUCUUUGCAGAGUUUGGAUCUGUCAUUCAAUGGGAUAUUGCAAAUUGGGUUGUCUGAUUUUCAUAACUGCCUACAACUGGAGAACCUCUAUUUAAGGAGCAACAAGAUAUUCAAAAUUCACCCAGAAGUCUUCAAGCAUCUCAAAAAAUUACAGUGUGACCAUAGCAUGGCAGUCUUCCAGAAUUUCCUUUCUGAAUCCUGGAGGAAAAACUGGAACGUCAUUUGCAGUAAGUCUCGGGGCCCAGGGCGGCUCAGACGCGCGCGGGACGUGCGCGCCGCGGACCGAGACGGGGACGCCGCCGGGGACCUCGCCCUGGCCGUCUGCCUGUCGGUGGCCAUCACGUUCCUCGCGGCUUUCUGCCUGGGGGCUUUCGCGAGGCCUUACCUCGACAGACUGUGGCGACAGAGUCGCUGCCGCAGAUGUCGCGGAGGCCCCGGCUCGGAGCGCGCCUGUUCCAACGCGGGCCUGCACCGGGACGUCGGAGCCGCGGGGAGCGCGCAGCGCCCGAAGACGCCCCCGCGCCAGGCCGCCCGCGCCCCGAACCCCUACGAGAACCCGGGCUGGCUCCGGGCCGCAGCGCCCAGCCCGCACGCGGCCGCCGUUCCUGGCGGGACUCCGGGAGGGAGCGGCGCGGAGCCGGGCAGCUGGGGACCGAGCGGGGGCGACAACGCGCUUCCCGGGGACAGCGCGGCGCGCUCCCGUCCCCGCCCGCAUCCCGACGCCGGCGACCACGGCCCGGCGUCAGCCGCGCAGGGCCGCAUCGGCAGGAAUGAUGUUCCUGGGGGCCGGGAUUAUGACACCGUGGCCCAAGAACAGCCUCUCGCCGAACCUCCAGGGGGCGUCUCAUCCCAAACCGUCUCGGGCUCCCGCCCCACGGACGCCGACCGGGACCCCUCGCUCUCAAGGUCAGUGGCACCUUCUGGCUGGGAAAUGCGAACGCAUCUCACAGCACCGAGGCCUGGAGAGAGCGCGGAGAGAGGGGACGCCGAGCCGCCACCGCGGGAGAGUGCGGGCCGGCCGCCGGGGUUUUCCGGGGAAAUACCCGCGAGCGCUCCCGACGGCCUGCGGGCCCAUGCCGAGGAAGAGCUUCCGGCCUCCUGCGGAGCGGGGACGCGCAGCGACCCGGGACACACGGACCCAUCGGCCUUUCCUCCCACCUGGGGCAGCGGCCUGGAUGCCACUCCUGCUGACGAGGCGCCAGUGCAGACAUCUGCUCCUUGCGACACUCAGCCCGAGCUGGAGAGCGACGAUGAAGGCUCCUUGUUCACUCUGAGUUCAGGGAGUUCAGAGGGUGCCAGGAGCGUGACUGAAGAAGAGGCGCUCGGCGGGGACAGCUGCGAGGCCGGGGAGCCCCUGCAGGACCAGAGCUCAGGGGCAAGCAGGGACAAUGUCACCUUCCAGAAUAUUCUAGGGAGAUGUGAGAAUCAGGAAGAUCAGUUUGAAAAACCUCUCAUUUCUGGUCCAGACUCUGGUUUGUGCAAGACUCACCUGGAAAAUGUCUCUAACAUCGAUAAAUUUGAGGAUCCAUCACCCCUGCCCAGAUCACUGGGGAACAGUCCUCCAGGGGAUGAGAGUCCGGGCAUGCAUGUUUAUGACUAUGACACAGUGCCUCAGUCCGCGGUAACAAAAUGGCUUUACUCACUUAAAGACUUGGUAUUUUCAGAUGUGGACAUCGUACCACAAACGCCACCACAUUCUGCAGACCUUCCCUCAGAUCCUGAUGAGGGGACCUGCUAUGAAAGAGACUCAGACAUUUGUAAACAAAAACCUUUCAUGCAGGGAAUAGACACAGCUCAAAGAGAUACUCCUUUCGAGAUCACUACAGGGGAAACCGUAGGACCUUCACAGCAAGAUCCUGAAGGAGACGUGAAUUCCAACGAGCUGGAAACUGAUGCAGAUGAUGGGCUUGUACAUCCACUGGAGGCCUGUGAUUCCAGACAGGUUACAAGCCAAACACAAUUGUCACAAUCCUAUGGUGAUGAACCUGCUCUUCAGAGUGAACGAGGAGGAGGGGACUGUUUCGAAGAUGGUUCCAAGAACCAUGCACCAUUAUUACAAGAGCUUCCAAAUGAAACCCGUUCCCUAAGCAUACAAGAGCGCUUCAGUGGCAGAGAUUGGGGUGAAUGUUCAGAGGAGAAUCUGUUGCACUUACAAAAAGAUGAUUCUAACUUUCAUUCUCAAAUGCAGACCCAGAGCAAUCGGAUGGGGGUCGGCUCUCUAUAUGAAGAACAGCUAAACCAUGACAAAGACAAGAACGUUCAACCUGAUAAUCAAACGGAAUUCAAGUGA